UGCAGUAACUGGUUAGGACUCUGGGCGCCGCUGUUCACCAAUCUGGGCGAUACAGGCAGUACGCACACGCACACAAAAAAAUAAAAAAUACCUUGUGCGCCUUACCUCCAUCACAGCCAGAUUGAAAAUAGUGUCCCUAAAGCCUCUCAAGCCCUACUUCUGAACUGCUCUCCGCUCAAAAUUCUCAUGAAAAUUGGGUUAAUUGGGGCUCAUAAAAGCAGAGAAACAGUAUCUUCGGUACUGAGCUGGAGAAAACUACAACGCGACAGCAAUGACGAUUCGGGGGAAGCUGACCAGGAGCAGUGGGCUGAUGCUGUUGUGCCUUUUUUUGGAGCUGUUGGAAGCCAGGGCUGGAAAUAUCCGCUACUCUGUUCCCGAGGAAUUAGACAAAGGCUCCUUCGUGGGCAACAUCGCCCAGGACCUGGGGCUGGAGCCCCCGGAGCUGGCGCAGCGCGGAGUCCGCAUCGUCUCCCGAGGUAGGACGCAGCUUUUCGCUCUGAACCCGCGAAGCGGCAGCUUGGUCACCGCGGGCAGGAUAGACCGGGAGGAGCUCUGCGCUCAGAGCGCGCGGUGUCUGGUGAGUUUUAACAUCCUUGUAGAAGAUAAAAUGAAGCUUUUCCCUGUGGAAGUGGAAAUAAUUGAUAUUAAUGACAACACUCCCCAAUUCCAGUUAGAGGAACUGGAAUUUAAAAUGAAUGAAAUAACCACUCCAGGUACCAGGAUCCCUCUGCCCUUUGGGCAAGACCUUGAUGUGGGUAUAAACUCACUCCAGAGCUACCAGCUCAGCUCCAAUCCUCAUUUCUCCCUGGAUGUGCAACAGGGAGUUGAUGGGCCCCAACACCCAGAAAUGGUGCUGCAGAGCCCCCUGGACAGAGAAGCAGCAGCUGUCCACCACCUUGUUCUUACUGCCUCUGAUGGGGGUGACCCAGUCCGUUCAGGAACCCUCCGCAUUCGCGUUCAGGUGGUGGAUGCGAAUGACAACCCUCCAGCAUUUACCCAGGCUCAGUACCGCACGAGAAUCUCAGAGAACGUGCCACUGGGCACUAGGCUACUCAUAGUAAAUGCCACCGACCCAGACGAGGGAGCCAAUGGGGAAGUAACGUACUCCUUUCACAAUGUAGACCACAGAGUGGCCCAAAUAUUUCAGCUGAAUUCUUACACAGGAGAAAUAGCAAACAAGGAGCCCCUAGAUUUCGAAGAGUACAACAUGUAUUCCAUGGAAGUUCAAGCUCAGGACGGCGCUGGACUCAUGGCUAGAGCUAAGGUAUUGGUGGAAGUUUUGGAUGUAAAUGAUAAUGCCCCGGAAGUGAGCAUCACCUCUGUCACCACUACGGUCCCAGAAAACUCUCCUCCUGGGGCCAUAAUUGCUCUUAUCAAUGUACAUGACCAGGACUCUGAAGAAAAUGGCCGCACUACAUGUUCCAUUCCUGGACAUCUACCCUUUAAAUUGGAACGAUUAGUUGAUAAUUAUUACCGUUUAGUGACAGAAAGAACACUAGACAGAGAACUUACUUCUGAGUACAACAUCACAGUAACCGCAACAGAUCAGGGGACCGCGGCUCUAUCUACUGACAGUCAUAUUUAUCUGCAAGUGACUGAUAUCAACGACAACCCCCCAGCUUUCCACCAGGACUCCUAUUCUGCCUACGUCCCUGAAAAUAACCCCAGAGGCGCCUCCAUCUUCUCUGUGAAGGCCGAUGAUGCAGACAGCAAUGAGAAUGCGCAAGUCACUUACUCCCUGGUGGAAGACACCAUCCAAGGGGCGCCCCUGUCCUCUUACCUCUCCAUCAACUCCGAUACUGGGGUCUUGUACGCACUGCGAUCCUUCGACUAUGAGCAGUUCCGGGACUUGCAGCUGAGAGUGAUGGCACGUGACAGUGGGAACCCACCACUCAGCAGCAACGUGUCGCUGAGCCUGUUUGUGCUGGACCAGAAUGAUAACACCCCUGAAAUCCUGUACCCUGCCAUCCCCACAGAUGGCUCCACUGGUGUGGAACUGGCACCCCGCUCUGCAGAGCCCGGCUACCUGGUGACCAAGGUGGUGGCAGUGGACAAAGACUCAGGCCAGAACGCCUGGCUGUCCUACCGCCUGCUCAAGGCCAGCGAGCCGGGGCUCUUUACUGUGGGGCUGCACACGGGUGAGGUGCGCACAGCACGGGUCCUGUUGGACAGAGAUGCGCUCAAGCAAAGCCUCCUGGUGGCCGUCCAGGACCAUGGCCAGCCCCCUCUCUCAGCUACCGUCACUCUCACUGUGGCAGUGGCCGACAGCAUUCCGGAUGUCCUGGCAGACCUGGGCAGUUUGGAGUCUCCCGUCCACCCCGAUGACUCAGGCCUCACACUGUACCUGGUGGUGGCUGUGGCUGUGGUCUCCUGCGUCUUCCUGGCCUUUGUCAUUGUGCUGCUGGCGCUCAGGCUGCGGCGCUGGCACUCAUCACGCCUGCUCCAGGCUGCAAGUGGCAGGUUGACAAGUGUGCCGGCCUCACACUUCGUGGGCGUGGACGGGGUGCGGGCUUUCCUGCAGACCUAUUCCCACGAGGUCUCCCUCACCGCGGACUCACGGAAGAGCCACCUGAUCUUCCCGCAGCCCAACUACGCGGACACGCUCAUCAGCCAGGAGAGCUGCGAGAAAAAGGAUUUUGUAUCAGCACCCCAGUCUCUACUGGAAGACGAAAAGGAAACAUUUUCUCAGGUAAACUUUUGUAAUGAAUUUAUCAUCUAUCUCUAUGAAAAAUAA